AUGGAGGGGGACGAGGAUGGGUUUCGCCGGAAAAUAACUAUAGGAGUUUGUGUUAUGGAAAAGAAGGUGAAAUGCGGCUCAGAGGCAUUUUCGAGGCCGAUGCUGGAGAUCUUGGAGAGACUAGAGGCAUUUGGAGAAUUUGAGAUAGUGCAUUUUGGGGACAAGGUGAUCCUUGACGAGCCCAUUGAGAGAUGGCCUUUAUGUGACUGUUUGAUUGCUUUCUAUUCCUCCGGUUAUCCCUUGGAAAAGGCUGAAGCAUAUGCUGCACUAAGAAAGCCGUUCCUCGUAAAUGAAUUGGGCCCGCAACACCUUCUUCACGACAGGAGAAGUGUUUAUGAGAGGCUUGAAAUGUUUGGACUUCCCGUGCCAAGAUAUGCAUUGGUUAACAGGGAAUCUCCGAACCAAGAGCUUGAUUAUUUUGUUGAGGAGGAAGAUUUUGUUGAGGUCCAUGGGAGAAGGUUCUGGAAGCCCUUUGUGGAGAAGCCUAUACAUGGUGAUGAUCACAGUAUAAUGAUAUACUACCCGAGUUCAGCUGGAGGGGGAAUGAAGGAGUUGUUUCGGAAGGUAGGUAAUCGAUCUAGCGAAUUUCAUCCAGAGGUCAGACGAGUGAGACGUGAAGGCUCUUACAUAUACGAGGAGUUCAUGCCCACAGGGGGAACAGAUGUGAAGGUGUAUACAGUAGGCCCAGAAUAUGCCCAUGCCGAGGCAAGAAAAUCUCCUGUGGUCGAUGGAGUUGUUAUGAGAAAUCCUGAUGGUAAAGAAGUCAGAUAUCCUGUACUUCUUACUCCUAUGGAGAAGGAAAUGGGAAGAGAGGUUUGUAUUGCAUUUAGGCAAGCUGUUUGUGGUUUUGAUCUCUUGCGAUGUGAGGGGCGUUCGUAUGUUUGUGACGUGAAUGGAUGGAGCUUUGUUAAGAACUCUUACAAAUAUUACGAUGACGCGGCUUGCGUUUUGAGGAAAAUGUUUCUUGAUGCAAAAGCUCCGCAUCUUUCUUCAACAAUACCUCCAACUUUACCAUGGAAGGUCAAAGAACCCGAUCAACAGUAUGAAGGACUAACACGUCAAGGGAGUGGGAUAAUCGGGACAUUUGGGCAAUCUGAGGAGUUACGUUGUGUGAUUGCCGUUAUUCGUCAUGGAGAUAGAACUCCGAAACAAAAGGUGAAGUUGAAAGUUACGGAGGAGAAGCUUCUGAAUUUGAUGCUAAAAUAUAACGGGGGAAGGCCUAGAGCAGAGACAAAGCUGAAAAGUGCGGUCCAAUUGCAAGAUCUAUUGGAUGCUACACGAAUUUUAGUACCUCGGACUAGACCUGGUCCUGAGAGUGACAGUGAUGCUGAAGACAUUGAGCAUGCCGAAAAGCUUCGCCAAGUGAAAGCUGUUCUUGAGGAGGGUGGCCAUUUCUCCGGAAUCUAUAGGAAGGUACAGCUCAAGCCAUUAAAAUGGAUCAAAGUUCCGAAAGCAAACGGUGAAGGGGAAGAAGAGAAGCCUGUCGAGGCACUAAUGGUUCUCAAAUAUGGUGGUGUUCUUACUCAUGCUGGAAGAAAACAGGCUGAAGAACUUGGGAGGUAUUUCCGGAAUAAUAUGUAUCCAGGUGAAGGCACUGGCCUUCUCCGCCUACACAGCACAUAUCGUCAUGACUUAAAAAUAUACAGUUCGGAUGAGGGCCGUGUGCAGAUGUCAGCAGCUGCCUUCGCUAAAGGUCUUCUAGACUUGGAAGGACAAUUAACACCGAUUUUGGUUUCACUAGUCAGCAAGGACUCUUCCAUGCUGGACGGACUCGAAAACGCCAGUUCUGAGAUGGAAGCAGCUAAGGCUAGGCUAAAUGAGAUUAUAACUUCUGGAGCAAAAAUUAUUCAAAGCAGUGGCCCGCCCGAGAAGCCUUGGAUGGUUGACGGGCAUGGAGUUCCUUCAAAUGCAACUCAACUUUUACCGGAAAUGGUGAAGCUAACGAAGAAGGUUACCGAGCAAGUGAAAGAAAUGGCCAAGGAUGAAUGUGAGGAGCUCGUUUCGGAUGUAAUACCUCCAUACGAUCAAGCUAAGGCACUCGGUAAGACGAACAUAGACGUUGACCGUAUAGCCGCAGGUCUACCAUGCGGUAGUGAAGGGUUUCUUCUCAUGUUUGCUCGGUGGAGAAAACUCGAGAGAGAUUUGUAUAACGAACGCAAAGAAAGGUUCGAUAUAAAACAAAUUCCCGAUGUUUACGACUCGUGCAAGUACGAUCUCUUGCAUAACGCACAUUUGAAUCUUGAAGGGUUGUAUGAACUUUUCAAGGUAGCUCAGUUACUUGCAGAUGGUGUUAUUCCGAACGAGUAUGGAAUCAAUCCCAAACAAAAACUGAAGAUCGGAUCUAAGAUAGCCCGGCGCCUCUUGGGGAAAAUCUUGAUUGAUUUGAGGAACACUCGUGAAGAAGCAAUCAAUGUGGCAGAACUGAAGAGUGCCCAGGAGAAUAAUAAUAAUAAUAACACUACUAAUAAUUCGUCUGUCUCUACCAAUUUAAAGGAAGAUACAGAUUAUCUUACCAAGUCCCAGAGCAAACUUGAAAAUUCGAGAAAAUGUAGCUUUGCCAGUGAUUUGCCGGUCGAUCAAGAUGAUGACGAUGACAAGGAACCAAAAUACCGUUUGGAUCCAAAAUAUGCGAAUGUUAAGACACCAGAUCGACAUGUUCGGACUCGAUUAUAUUUCACGUCUGAAUCUCAUAUCCAUUCGUUGAUGAAUGUUCUCCGUUAUUGCAACUUGGACGAGUCUCUUCAAGGAGAACCGAGCCCCGUAUGUGAUAGUGCCCUCGAGCGCUUGUGCAAGACAAAGGAGCUCGACUACAUGAGUUACAUUGUGUUGAGGCUUUUCGAGAACACCGCGGUCGCUUUAGAAGACCCGAAAAGAUUUCGCGUCGAGCUGACUUUUAGCCGCGGCGCAGAUUUAUCCCCUCUAGAGGGGAAUGAUGGUGAGGCAGCAUCAUUGCAUCAGGAGCACACGCUGCCGAUAAUGGGGCCCGAGAGGCUGCAAGAAGUUGGGUCGUAUCUGACGUUGGAGAUGAUGGAGAAGAUGAUACGCUCGUUUGCAAUGCCAGCCGAGGACUUCCCGCCGCCCGCCACUCCUCAGGGGUUCGCCGGCUAUUUCUCCAAGGCCGCGGUUUUGGAGCGGCUCGUCAACCUAUGGCCAUUUAAGUAG